AUGGGAUCUGACACCUCUGGAUCACAGGGAGGGAGACAGAGCAUGAUGGCGGACCGAGACAGUGCGAGCGAGAGUGACUCGAGCAGUAUAGAUGGGGGACCUAUUAUGAUGCCCCCGUCCCCUGUCACGAGGGAACAGCUCCAAAAGAGAAUAGAAUCUCUUCAGCAGGCUAACAAGGUCCUGCGAUUGGAGUUAGAAUCCUUCAAGCUCCGGGUCAAAGCUCUCGUGGAGGAGAACAAGACCCUCAAACAACAGUCUGUCACCAUUCAAGCAAGAGCUGAGCAGGAAGAGGAGUACAUAAGCAACACCCUGUUGAAAAAGAUUCAAAGCCUAAAGAAAGAGAAGGAGACACUGGCCCUGAACUAUGAGCAGGAGGAGGAGUGUCUCACAAAUGACCUGUCCCGCAAGCUGAAUCAGCUUAAGCAGGAAAAGGUGCAGCUGGAGCAGACAUUAGAACAGGAGCAGGAGUGCCUGGUAAACAAGCUGAUGAGGAAGAUAGAGAAGCUGGAGGCUGAGACCCUGGCCAAGCAGGAGAACCUGGAGCAGCUUAGAAGGGAGAAAGUGGAGCUGGAGAAUACCCUGGAACAGGAGCAGGAGGCCCUGGUCAAUAAACUUUGGAAGCGCAUGGAGAAGUUAGAGUCAGAGAAACGGAUGCUGCAAGGGAAGCUGGAUCACCCGGUGUCAUCUCCAUCUUCUCCACUUGAUGUGGCCAAUGGAGACAGUGUUGAGAAUCUGACCACCCAUAUCCAGCAUCUAAGAGGAGAAGUAGCCAAGCUGAAGCGUCAGCUAUACAAAGCCCAACAGGAGCAUGUGGAGAAGAUGCAGCAGUAUGCUCUGGAGGAAAAGCAGAUCCGUGAUGAGAACGUUCGUCUUCAACGGCGUCUUAUGAUGGAAAAGGAGCGACGGGAAGCACUGUGUCGCAAUCUCUCUGAAUCUGAGUCAAGCUUGGAGAUGGAAGAAGAAAGGGUGUUCAAUGAGAUGGCAUCCCAGGGUGUGGUACGCCCACGUACUGUUUCCAGUCCCAUUCCUUACAUCUGCCCAUCUCCCAAUGCAUCUCGACCACUUUCUCCUGGGCUUGGUGCAAGUGACAAACCAGGAGGAGGAGGGAGUGGAAAUGUUUCCCGAGAAAGUUCGUUUGUGGGAAUUUCAUGUGCAGGUGGGAUGGGACUGUGCACCCACUGUGGCCAGUUGAGCAUCCCCCUCAUGCCUGCUCAUUCCCUUCCUUCCACCUCUCCUCCCCCUUCCCUUACUCACUCCAGUAGCCAUGCACACCCGUCAAUGAUCCACUCUCGUUCCAUGCCUCGUCCUGGGGGGGAUCGAUUCAUAAAGCCAUCCCCACCGAGUCCUGCUGCCUGCCAUGCGGGAGUACCCAGCCGAGAAAAGAGUCCCUUCAUUGCACCGGUGCCCAGCCCCCCCAUUGCACCCCAUGCAUCUCCGUCCCCUUCUCCCUCUCCCAUGGACACCAGCCGGAACCUGGACUCUGAGGAUGAUGCAAAGUCCAUUGAGGGAGAAGACAAAGAUAAGUAAAGAAAAAGCCUGAACUUGGGCUCCAUCUUCUGUUGCUUCGACUUGGGACCCUCUCUUCUCUUUCUUCUUCUUACACUGCUGUACCACUGUCCCUCCUGCAUCUGUCGUAGUGCAUCAUAGUUGUUUGCAUUCAUUUGCGAGGGUCUGAAUCGGUUCGUUUCAAUGUUUCUUCUCACACUGUAUCAUAACCAAGAUCUGGUCACUCUCUGAAGAUCAUUGAAAGCCUUUGUCUUUGUUCAGUCAUCUGGUCUUAAAUGACAGGCAGACCAAGAGAAAACAAGGUUAUUUUCUUCUUUCUCCUCCCCUUUUGAUGGCUCCUUUGUUUGUUUCUUUCCUCUUCUGCUGUUUCAUUGCCAUCCUGUCCCAGGCACUUCAACUGUGAUUUUGCAGACAUUGCCAAGUCUGGGCAGCAUGCUUAUAUCCCCUCCAAGUCUCCCUA